AUGCCCCCAAAGCUUACUCCAACGCAUUUCCUCUGCAUACCCCUCGUUGGGGUGCCGUUGGCCACAACUCUUGCGGCGUUCCGGGCCGACGCAACCAGUGCCAUGAGCUUCGGCCUACCGGAGGACGCCGUCCGGCCCUUGGGGACGCUACACCUGACACUGGGAGUCAUGUCUCUGAAAAGGGACGGUGUAGAAAGGGCAGUGGAUAUACUCAGGGGCCUGAAGCUGAAGGAAAUACUCGCCGAGACGAGAUUGGCCAAAGAUGCUAACACAUCUGCCGCUGUCUUGGCAUUGUCAGGCGGCAGCAACGAUGGCAGUCAGCCCUCUAAAACAAACGGCCUGUCUCUGACAAUACGAGGUCUUCAUUCAAUGCAGCCAGCAGAAAGAGCUGCUGUCCUAUACGCACCUCCUUCGGAUCCUGAAGGCAUUUUAUACAACUUUUGCAAGCAGCUACAAAAGCCAUUCCAAGACGCUGGAUUAAUGAUUGACGAGAACCGCCCGCUACUGCUUCACGCCACCAUUAUCAACACCAUAUAUGUCAAGAAUAAUUCCGGCGGCGGAGGAAGAGGGAAGAAGCGGGAAAGGCUGACAAUUAACGCACGCGACCUGUUGAGUAGAUACGAUGACUAUCUGUGGGCCGAGAAGAUGCCCGUCACUCGUGUGACGCUCUGUAGAAUGGGCGCCAAGCCCAUUCCAGGAACAGACGAUGCGGCAUACGAAGUUGAAGCGGAGGUUGAGUUUGAGCCUUGA